GCGCCAUUCGCUCACCGAUUGUGAUACGAAACGAACGUGUAUCGUAACUUUUGUGUUGUUAUUUAGCAGUGCCGCGUAAUUAUCUAUCAUAACAAUGGCCAACCUCAGUUUGUUUGUACCUGUGCUUCUGCUGGCUAUGUUCAUUAAAGAAGGUGAAUCCGUUCGCUGCUGGACCUGUUCUUCCGACCUGAACCCGCUGUGCAAUGACCCCUUCCUUGCUGGCAGGACGGACAACAACUACCUCUUCCGCUUGGAGAACUGUGAUGCCAACACCGGAGCUACAUACCCCUACCUCACUUCCUCGAAAUCUGCUUGCAAGAAGCAGAGGAAAUACAUCAACGGCCAGCAGAUAGUGAGCCGUGGUUGUACUUGGAAGCGUCAGGACGACUACAGCACCUCCUGCCCCAGCUCGUCCAACGGUCCCAACGAAGUGACGUCAUUCUGUGAGACCUGCGAAUACGACGGGUGCAAUGGUGCCGCCACUAUCGGCAAAACUAUUGCCCUCCUUGCCGCACCUCUAGCCCUCCUGCUGUUCAAGUAAAAGACAGAAAUAAAAACGCAAUACAUAGUACAAAUAUACAUUAUAUUUUUAUUGUCUACCGUGGGACCAUGCCGAGAUAUUUCCCAAACAGUGUACCUAGGUCACAGAACCAGACAGGCCCACCGCAAUAUUUACUUUAAUAUUUAAACAAAGUUUUCACAUCGAAUGGUUGUAAAUUGUCUUUAAUUAUUCUAAUAUUGGAUUAUUUAUGUAUGUUUAACAAAGUAAUUUUAUAUAAAUUGCAAAACUCAAGUUGGUGUGUUGCCACAGAAGAGUAUUAUUGAGGCACUGAUUUGUGGCAACACAACGAAGAUCUUUAAAAAAGGCUAUCAUUGCUAUCGAUUCGAAUCGGUUCUAAGUUUAAAAUUUUAACAUUAAUUUUUAGUUUUGUUCUCACUUGCUGGUUAAGGAGUUUCUCUAUCUGUAAAUAUUUUACGUUCGCCUGUAACUUACCAUGUCUUUUUAAUUUUUAUUGUUAAGUUAAUAAUAAAUAAGUGCAUAAAACCUCACAAUUGUCUGUUUUGUUUUGCAAUUUAACGUUUGCACUAAUUCCGAUAAGUGCCUUUAGUGUUUAAUUAAGGUGAUGUAGAAAAUGAGCAUUUAAAUUGACAGCAUAGAAUCUCUAAACCUGUAAAGCACCAUGAAAUAAAUGCUAACGUUGUUUAAUAAACUUUAUCGUAAAAAUAA